AAUGGUCAUUUUCCAUCUUCGUAUAAAUAGGACAGAUACCACCCCCACCACCAUAGUUCUAUGGGCAAGUGUUUUCUGGGUCUGAACGGAAUCUCACUUCCCAACUCUUGUAUAUUUUCACAUGCUUCUGCAUCAUCUUUCUUUCUAUAUAUAUUAUUCACACACUUGUAAAUGAUUGCCAAGAAGAUAAGAUAGGCACAAGCUAGCAUAUAGUUUUGCUUUUUUAUUUAAUUUAAUCAGCAACCCCAUAGCUAGGCUUAUAGUUAUAAACAUAUAGAUACAGACAUAGCUUGGUAGGUAUGUUAGUCAUGGAAGAUAGGGAUCACUGUUGUUCCAACGAUUCAACCGUCACCAACAGAAGAAGAAGAAGAAGCGGAAGCCCGACAACAGCCUUGGAGAAAUCGAAGAAGCAGCGCUGCGAGAAACCGAUGAAACCGUACCGAGGAAUAAGGAUGAGGAAGUGGGGAAAGUGGGUGGCGGAGAUCAGAGAGCCGAACAAGAGGUCAAGGAUUUGGUUGGGUUCUUACACGACGCCCGUCGCCGCAGCACGCGCCUACGACACCGCCGUUUUCUACCUCCGAGGGCCCUCCGCGCGCCUCAAUUUCCCCGAACUUUUGUUCCAGGACGAGGUCGACGGCGCCAACGAUGACGAUUCCGUGAACAUGUCCGCUGAUUCCAUUCGCCGCAAAGCCACGCAAGUCGGCGCCAGAGUCGACGCGCUCCAAACCGCGCUUCACCAUCACGCGCCCUCGCACAACCCCACUCUAAUCUCUCUCAAACCCGACUUGAACGAGUUCCCAAAACUCGAAGACCUUCAAGAUUGAUAUUGAUUAAUCCAUGUCAAUCAACAAUAUUUCAGUUCCCUAAGUCCUUUAUAUCAAUAUAUAUAUAUAUAUAGUUUUGUUAUGUAAAUAUUAUAGUUGGGUCUUCAAACUAAUUAACCUCUUCUCCUUAAUUUAUAUAAAUAUAGAUAGAUAUUGCUUUUGAA